ACUUCGUAUGAAUGCAUGCUUAAUCGUGAUAAUUCCACAGAUAGCACAUUAUGGACAUUUUAUACAUUGUCAUCUAGUUCUUUAGUGAAAAAUAUUCUUAGUCAAGAUAACGACAUUGCUCUAGUGCAAUUGGAGAACGAUGACAUUAUUUCUAAUUUGUGUCUUCCAAAAACUGAUAUAAUGAAUGAAUGUGUAAUUGCAGUUUGGAAUAAUUCGUCACAAGGAAAUUAUGACAUUACUUAUCAAUCUGUUUCCAUUUUACCUACUGAAUACUGUAAUAGUUCCUAUAUUGAAGAGAAAUCAUUGGCCAAUUACAUUUGUAUCAACAACACUAAUUCUUUCUGUCAGAGUGGAGCACCCUUGAUAUGUACAGAUACUGAUGGAUAUUGGCAAUUGAAUGGAAUAUUAAGAUCAAGAACUUGUAACAAUAUAAUGCCAGAACUUUAUAUUUCUAUUUUAUCUCACCUUUCUUGGAUACAUUCUGUCAUUGGUUAACAAGACAACAUUGAUAAAUUUUAGCAUUUUAUUGAAGGACAAUUCAAAACUGAAUUUGCCCAAGCACAAAUAAUUGCCAAGAGAUGUACAGGACUUCUUAGGAUUCUAAUAAAUUUUCUUAUGAUUAAGCUCUUUAAAUGAUAUGUAAAAUAAAAUGAAUAUUUGGAAAAA